GUCAAUGGGAAGCAGGCGAAGCGGUGGGAAAGCGAGCGCGGUCCAGACAGAAUCCCAGCUGCCCACCAUGGUGUCCACGUCGGCCCCGUGUUUGUGGAUUACGUUUUGCCUUCACCUGUCUUGUCUCGUAGACACCGGGAGAGCGCAGAAUGCGAAAGAGGUGAUUCUGUUGGAUUCCAAGGCACAGCAAACAGAGCUCGAGUGGAUCUCCUAUCCUCCCAAUGGGUGGGAAGAGAUAAGCGGGUUGGACGAAAACUAUACUCCCAUUCGCACAUACCAGGUUUGCCAGGUCAUGGAGUCCAAUCAGAAUAACUGGCUUCGGACUAACUGGAUCGAGAAGGGGGAUGCCCAGAGGAUUUUUGUGGAACUCAAGUUCACCUUGAGGGAUUGUAACAGCCUACCCGGUGUGGUAGGGUCUUGCAAGGAGACAUUCAACUUGUAUUACCAGGAAACCGAUUCAGAGGUUGGCAGGAAUUUACGAGAGAGCCAGUAUGUGAAAAUUGACACAAUUGCAGCAGAUGAAAGCUUCACCCAGGGUGACCUGGGAGAGAGGAAGAUGAAGCUUAAUACAGAAGUGCGCAUAAUUGGUCCCCUAUCCAGACGGGGUUUCUACCUCGCCUUCCAGGAUGUAGGGGCGUGCAUCGCCCUGGUCUCUGUCAAAGUUUAUUACAAGAAGUGUUGGUCUAUCAUUGAGAAUCUGGCCACAUUCCCAGACACGGUGACUGGAUCAGAGUUCUCGUCACUGGUCGAGGUCGAGGGCAGUUGUGUGAGUGAUGCCGAGGAGGAGGCCGAUAACUCACCAAAGAUGCACUGCAGUGCCGAAGGAGAAUGGCUGGUGCCCAUAGGGAAAUGUAUAUGCAAAGCGGGAUUUCAUCAGAAGGGCGAUGCAUGCGAACCUUGCGGUCGUGGGUUCUACAAGUCUUCGUCCCAGGACCUCCAGUGCUCCCGCUGCCCCGCGCACAGCUUCAACGACCGUGAGGGAUCCUGGCGGUGCGACUGCGAGGAUGGCUACUACCGAGCGCUCUCUGACCCGCCGUCUGUGGCGUGCACGAGGCCUCCCUCGGCACCACAGAACCUGGUCUACAACAUCAACCAGACCACCGUCAGCCUGGAGUGGAGCCCGCCGGCCGACACGGGCGGACGCAACGACGUCACCUACAGGAUUAUAUGCCGGCGCUGCAGCUGGGAACCGGAGGAAUGUGUGCCGUGCGGGGGGAACGUGGGAUUCUCCCCCCAGCAGGCGGGGUUGGUGGACACCUAUGUGACCAUCAUGGACCUGCUGGCCCACGCCAACUACACCUUCGAGGUGGAGGCCGUCAACGGGGUGUCCGACCUGAGUCGCACCCAGAGGCUGUUCGCGGCGGUCAGCAUCGCGACCGGUCAAGCAGCUCCAUCCCAGGUCAGCGAGGUCAUCAAGGAGAAGGUGCAGCAGCGGAGCGUCCAGCUCUCCUGGCAGGAGCCCCAGCAGCCCAACGGGGUCAUCACAGAAUACGAAAUCAAGUACUACGAAAAAGACCAGAAGGACCGCAUCUACUCGACGGUCAAGUCCAAGUCGACAUCAGCCACGGUGAACAACCUGAAGCCAAGUACAGCCUACGUCUUCCAGAUCAGGGCUUUUACAGCAGCGGGCUACGGCACCUACGGCCCCAGGCUAGAGAUUACCACCAAGGAAGAAGCCACAGCCGCCAUCGUCUCCAGCGAGCAGAACCCCGUCAUCAUCAUCGCGGUGGUGGCCGUGGCGGGGACCAUCAUCCUGGUGUUCAUGGUGUUCGGCUUCAUCAUCGGGAGAAGGCACUGCGGGUACAGCAAGGCAGAUCAGGAGGGAGAUGAAGAGCUCUACUUUCAGUUUAAAUUUCCAGGCACCAAAACGUACAUUGACCCCGAAACCUACGAGGACCCGAACCGGGCUGUCCAUCAGUUUGCCAAGGAACUGGACGCCUCCUGCAUUAAAAUCGAGCGGGUUAUCGGAGCAGGAGAGUUUGGGGAGGUCUGCAGUGGCCGUCUGAAGCUCCCCGGGAAGAGGGACGUGUCAGUCGCCAUCAAGACGUUGAAAGUGGGCUACACAGAGAAACAGAGGCGGGACUUCCUGUGCGAGGCCAGCAUUAUGGGCCAGUUCGACCAUCCCAAUGUGGUUCACCUGGAAGGAGUGGUGACAAGAGGAAAGCCGGUAAUGAUAGUGAUUGAAUACAUGGAGAACGGCUCGCUGGAUGCCUUCCUCAGGAAACACGAUGGACAGUUCACAGUCAUCCAGUUGGUGGGGAUGCUGCGGGGCAUUGCAGCUGGAAUGAGAUAUCUCUCCGAUAUGGGAUACGUCCAUCGAGAUCUGGCCGCCCGGAACAUCCUCGUCAACAGUAAUCUUGUAUGUAAAGUGUCGGACUUCGGCCUGUCAAGGGUGAUAGACGACGAUCCUGAGGCUGUCUACACAACAACUGGUGGAAAAAUACCUGUCCGGUGGACUGCGACAGAAGCCAUCCAGUAUCGUAAAUUCACCUCCGCCAGUGAUGUGUGGAGUUACGGCAUUGUCAUGUGGGAGGUCAUGUCCUAUGGGGAGCGGCCUUACUGGGACAUGUCCAAUCAAGACGUCAUUAAGGCGAUAGAGGAGGGAUACCGCCUCCCCGCCCCCAUGGACUGCCCCCCAGGCCUGCACCAGCUAAUGUUGGACUGCUGGCAGAAAGACAGGGCUGAGCGGCCCAAGUUCGACCAGAUCGUCGGCAUCCUCGACAAGAUGAUUCGUAACCCCAACACGCUGAAAACCCCAGUGGGAACAUGCACAAGACCCAUCAGUCCACUGUUAGAUCAGAGCACACCCGACUUCACCGCGUUCUGCUCGGUGGGCGAGUGGCUGGAGGCCAUCAAGAUGGAGAGGUACCGGGACAACUUCACAGCGGCCGGCUACAGCUCCCUGGAGUCCGUGGCCAGGAUGUCGAUUGAGGAUGUGAUGAGCUUGGGAAUCACUCUGGUGGGCCAUCAGAAGAAGAUCAUGAGCAGCAUACAGACUAUGAGAGCGCAGAUGCUCCACCUCCACGGGACGGGCAUCCAGGUGUGA